AAUCAGACGACGCCGCGUAGGCGAUGGACAGAGUGGAAUAUCUUAAUCAGUCGUUUGAGAUUAUUGAAAAUUUUUUUCCAAAAUUCGAUAACGGAGGAAAUUCCGUAACGAAAGUAUGCUUGAUUGUUGCUGCUACGAUUCUUAUAACCUUUGGAGCGCUGGGAAAUGGCUUAGUCUGUUGGGUUGUAUCUACACAAGCUCACAUGAGGACGCCUCGAAACAUAUUUAUCGUACUGCAAAUUUGGCAAUAUCAGAUUUGUCGUUAUGUGUGAUCACCCAGCCGUUCAACCUGCUAAUGAUUCAUAAGUCAUCAUGGCCACUUGGAGCAACCAUGUGCAAACUUGUGCCUAUGUUUGCGGGAACAAAUGUGUUUGUCUCAACAAUGUCGAUAGCAGCGAUAGCCUUAGAUAGAUUUCAGAUGAUCGUCUAUCCUACCAGAGACUCUAUCAAGCAACUCGGCGCCCUGGCGGCAAUCGUAGUCAUCUGGUUCUUAUCGAUACUCAUGGCAUCACCGCAGCUGCUCUUUGUACAAUAUAACGACGCAAGAGAAGAUUCCCAGUUCGGUCGCCUUCCACCUAUGUGUAUAGAAGGCCAUAGUUUCCUAUACGAGAAAGCAGCUUAUUCUAUUUCUUCAUUGGUCAUACAAUACAUCGUUCCAAUAGUUAUAGUGACGUCAACUCACGCUAGAAUAUUUGCUCAGCUAAAACGUAGAUUUCGAACAAAUCAAAUUUCCCGGAAUAAACGAGAAGGAAAUAUCAAUAGACGAACAACUAGUUUGCUACUUUCUAUUGCGCUAACUUUUGGUUUGGCCUGGCUACCUUUAAAUAUUGUAAAUAUCAUCGCUGAUUUUAAUUAUAAGCAGAUGACUGCCCUAGAUUCUCAAAAUAUUUUAAUUGCUCUAUGUCAUAUCUCUACUACUUGUUCUGCCUGUGUUAAUCCUGUUUUGUAUGGUUGGUUGAAUGAAAACUUUAAAAAGGAAUUCCGCAAAGUUCUCCGUCUGCCUUUGUACAAUAAUAAAAAUCAUAGUGCAGGGACUACGAGGAUAGACGAAACGAAGUCUCUGCAAGCCAUUCCAUAA